AUGGCGGACAAGGACGUUACUCAAGGUUGCUACAGUCUUGACAUUGACGAAAAACUGCACCAAUACGGGCUGAGGCUGGCGGAUAAUGGGCGCAGCGUGGUGUGGAAAGCGGACAACCCACGUCAUCCGCGCAACUGGUCCACUGCUCGCAAAGUGUACGAUGUUUCUUGGGUGAUUUUCUUGGAUUUGUUUUCAUCUGUCAUCUCAAAUGCAGGGUCCCCAGCUGCUGUUAUAGCACGACAUGAAUACGGAAUUAGCGAGACCCCAGCUAUUUUUAUUUUUGUCUCGUUGCACAUGCUAGGACAAGGGCUUGGGAGCAUCGUCUUCCCACCAUACUCGGAGGUAUUCGGUCGCAAAAACCUCUAUGUCGUCAGUACAGCUUUGUUCGGUAUAACAUGCGCCAUGGUAGCGAUUCCCACCCCAGGAGGAGCAGUCACCGGCCGCCUGCUCAGCGGCUUUCUCGGAGCGAUUCCAACAACGGUGGUAGCCGGUAGCAUUGAGGACAUGUUCAAUUCCCGCCAUAGGAUAUGUGUGAUUGCGGUGUGGACGGUGGCUUGGAACAUUGGUUCAUCCUUGGGCCCUAUAUAUAGCGACUAUAUCAUUGCCGCUCUAGACUGGCGAUGGGUCUUCUACGUGGCGGCUAUCAUAUCAGGCGCAUUGACUGUCGUGUUGAUGACCAUCCGAGAGUCUCGUCCUCCCCUUGUCUUGGAAAAAGAGCUGCAAAGGCUCCCGACGUCUAUCCGCGGAGAAGGAAAAGAAAGUCUGCAGAGCUUCAACCCGGACCAUGUCCCCGAUCUCACCACUUUCGUAACCGUCUUCCUCGUCCGACCUUUGCGACUACUUGUCACCGAGCCAAUCGUCUUCCUCGUCUCUAUCCUCGGACCAAUUCCCUACGCGAUCACUUACCUGUUCAGCCAAGCCCUGCCGGAUGUUUACAAAUCCUUCGGCUUUACAACCACCCAAACUCACCUCCCCUUUCUCGCAAUCAGCAUCGGCGCCGUCUUGAUCUUAAUAUCUAGGUGGUACAAUGAGUACAAUGUCGCAAAACACAUCCGUCUCAACCUCCCUAUCCACCCGGAACUGCAGCUCCUCGGCCUCGUCAUAGCAGCUCCAGUCCUAGCAGGGGGACUAUGGCUCUUCGCCUGGACAAUUCCCCCUCAAGUCCCCGGUCUCCACUGGAUUAUCCCGACAAUAGGGCUAGUCUGCGUCGGCUACGCAGGCGGCGAGUUCCCAACCGUUCUGACGGGGUAUCUCGCCGACAGCUACAGAGGGUAUUCAUCUAGUGCGUUUGCAGCGCUAUCUUUGAUUCGCGUUAUUCUAGCCGCCACGUUUCCGCUGUUUUCGCCGAAGAUGUUUGCGAACUUGGGUCCCAAUGUUGCGGUUUCGGUUUUGGCCGCCCUGGCCACGGCGUUUUGUGCCGUUCCACCGUUAUUGAGGAUUUAUGGAAAGAAGAUUCGCGCAAGAAGUCGGUUUGCACAGGAGAGCUUGGUCUUGUACAAUCUGACGACUGUGGAUAAAGGGGGAUAUUGA